AUGGAUUGUGAUAUUGCUUCAUAUCACGUCGAAUCGUUUGAUUUUCUCGUAAAUUCUGGGUGCCAAUUCGCCGCACAAUCAGUUCCUGCCGAGAAAUUCCGUUUAAAAAACGGCGACAGUGUUGUUUUCAAAUAUACUUCAGCACAAUUGUCAAAGCCAACAUUGGAUAGUGGGUCGAAAGUUAAUAGCGAUCAGUUGCCACUUUAUCCAGCAGAAUGCCGUCAGAGAGGUCUAACAUACGCAGGAAAUCUGAAAGUUGGAAUUGAUAUUCACGUAAAUGGUCAACGAUUAGACAUUAUCGAGACAAUUCUAGGGCGGGUUCCAAUUAUGUUAUGCUCAACAGGAUGUCAUUUGAGAGAUAUGACUAGAAAACAACUCGUGAAAUGUGGCGAAGAGCCAAUUGAAAAAGGAGGAUAUUUUAUCGUCAAUGGAUCUGAAAAGGUUAUUCGAUUGUUGGUCGCGAAUCGCCGAAAUUUUCCAAUUGCAAUUGUCAGAAAAACGUUUAAAGAGAAAGGAAAAUUGUUUUCCGAAUUCGGAAUCAUGAUGAGAAGUGUUAAAGAGAAUCAUACCGCAGUUAUGAUGACACUGCAUUAUUUGGAUACCGGGACUAUGCAGUUGGCUUUACAGUUUCGUCGUGAAAUCUUUUAUGUUCCGCUGAUGUACAUUGUGAAGGCGCUCACCAACAGAAAUGACGCCGUCAUUACGUCAGAAUUCACCGGUGGUCGCAAAACUGAUCAAUUCUAUGAGUCAUGUGUAAUUAGCAUGUUGGCUCAAUGCCAAGAUGAAGGAAUUCUUCAUCAAGAAGGCGCUCUUCGUGCUAUCGGCUCGCGAUUCCGAGUUGCGAUUUCCGAUCGAAUAGGACCAUGGGAAGAUGAUUUGGUUGCUGGUAAAUUUAUAUUAGAACAAUGUGUGCUUGUUUAUUUAAAUGAUAAUGAGGAGAAGUUCUACACUUUGGCUUACAUGGCACAGAAAUUAAUAGCUUUAGUUAAAGGAGAAUGCGCUGCUGAAACGCCGGAUAAUCCGCAGUUUCAAGAGGCGUCUGUUUCGGGUCAUAUUAUGCUUUUAAUUCUUCGCGAACGAAUGGAGAACAUUUUGGGAAUGGUCCGACGAAAAAUCGAGUACCUAUCGGCGAAAAAAGACUUUGUUCUAACAUCCCAACAAUUCUUAAAAUGCCUUGGAAAUCAUAACAAUGGAGAAAUCACGCGCGGACUGGCAUACUUCUUGGCGACCGGAAAUUUGGUUACCAGAGUUGGAUUAGCUUUACAGCAGGAUACUGGAUUUUCGGUUAUUGCCGAACGAAUCAACCAGCUACGAUUUGUUUCACAUUUCCGUGCCAUUCACAGAGGAGCAUUCUUUAUGGAAAUGAGAACCACAGACGUGAGAAAGUUGCGUCCCGAAGCAUGGGGCUUCAUUUGUCCAGUGCACACUCCUGACGGUGCCCCGUGUGGUCUUCUGAAUCACUUGACGGCGUCGUGUCGUAUUGUGACACAUCUCAGCGAUAACUCGAAUGUGACUGCUUUUUUGACCGAACUGGGAAUGUAUACACACAAAACGAUUGCACUCGCGCCAAGAGAUCAAGAAUAUUAUCCAGUUCUUAUGGAUGGCCGAUUCAUUGGAUAUAUUCCAAUCUCCAAGUCAGCUUCAAUUGAGAGAUAUGUUCGAUGUGCAAAAGUGGCGAAUGAUGCCAGAAUUCCAUAUACAGCUGAGAUCGCUCUUGUUCGUCGUUCAACAGAUGUCAAGAAUAUUCAAACUCAAUACCCCGGAUUGUAUAUUCUCAGCGAUUCGGGUCGAAUGAUGCGACCUGUUCGAAAUCUGGCAAUGGAUGCCGUUGAGCAUGUUGGAACUUUUGAGCAAGUCUAUCUUUCGAUUGUUCUUGAUCCUGAGGAAGCAGAGCCAGGAGUCACACUUCAUCAGGAACUUCAUCCAUCUUGUUUGUUCUCGUUUGCUGGAAAUCUCAUUCCAUUUCCAGACCAUAAUCAAUCUCCGCGUAACGUCUACCAAUGUCAGAUGGGUAAGCAGACAAUGGGAACAGCGGUGCACGCAUGGCACACAAGAGCAGAUAACAAAAUGUAUCGGCUGCAGUUCCCGCAGCAGCCUCUUCUCAAGCUUGAUGCUUACGAAAGAUAUCAAAUGGACGAAUAUCCUCUGGGAACGAAUGCGUGUGUCGCUGUUAUCUCGUACACUGGAUAUGAUAUGGAAGACGCUAUGACAAUUAAUAAGGCAUCGUAUCAACGAGGAUUUGCACAUGGAACUGUCAUUAAAGUGGAAAGAAUUAAUUUGGUGACGGAACGUGAACGCAAGACAAUUUUCCACAAAAACCCACGAGAAUCGAUUUCAACAGUCGGAGAGGAUGGACUACCAAUUCAAGGCCGGCGAUAUUUCCUUGACGAAGUUUAUUAUGUGACGUUUAACAUGGAAACAGGAGAAUAUAAGAAGCACAAAUUCCAUUAUGCGGAGCCCGCUUAUUGUGGAAUUGUGCGAUUGGUACAGGAUAAUGGAAGCGAUGAUGGAGCAAAGCAUGCUUUGAUUCAAUGGCGUGUUGAGCGUAAUCCAAUUAUCGGUGACAAAUUCGCUUCAAGACACGGACAGAAGGGUAUCAACUCGUUCUUGUGGCCUGUUGAGUCGCUGCCGUUCUCGGAGAGCGGAAUGGUGCCGGAUAUCAUUUUCAAUCCUCAUGGUUUCCCAUCUCGAAUGACAAUCGGAAUGAUGAUCGAGAGUAUGGCCGGAAAAUCGGCGGCAAUGCACGGAGAGAAUUACGACGCCUCGCCAUUUGUUUUCAAUGAGGACAACACGGCCAUCAAUCAUUUCGGUGAGCUGCUAACGAAAUCCGGCUACAACUACUAUGGAAACGAGACGUUCUAUUCGGGUGUCGACGGCCGUCAAAUGGAAAUGCAAAUCUUCUUCGGAAUCGUUUAUUAUCAGCGAUUGAGACACAUGAUCGCCGAUAAAUUCCAAGUACGCGCAACUGGGCCGAUUGAUCCGAUCACUCAUCAGCCGGUGAAAGGACGAAAGAAAGGCGGUGGAAUUCGGUUCGGUGAAAUGGAAAGAGAUGCUAUUAUUGCGCACGGAACCUCGUUUGUGCUUCAGGACCGCCUACUAAACUGUUCGGAUCGCGACGUCGCCUACGCAUGCCGCCGCUGUGGAUCCCUUUUGUCUGUGUUGAUGUCUAAUCGACAUGUUCAUACAGCUGUUCGAAAGAGAAAGGGAAUCGACGAACCAAUCGAUUACUCUGAGAAGCAAGAAUGCCGAUCAUGUGGUAGAGACGAUCAAGUUUAUCUGCUUCAAGUUCCACGAGUGUUCCGCUACCUUACUGCCGAACUCGCUGCAAUGAAUGUCAAGAUUAAGCUCGGAAUUGAGCAUCCAUCCAAAGUAUGCGGAAGCUGA